AUGCAAAGUUAUAGAGAGAGAGAAGGAGGUCGUCGUUGUCAACCAAAGGAUUACAGUACCUGCUAGCUAAUAAGCGCGCUCUCUCUCUCCUGCAAAUACAGAGAAAAUGAAACAGAGACAGCGACAUAUGAAAGAGUGAAGAGAGAACUCGACGAUAGAGAGAGAGAGAGAGAGAGAAAGUAAUCAAAGCUAUAUAUAAAGAUAGAUAGAGUGAGAUUAAAAUGUAAUGACUAAAAGUGUAGAGUGAUAAAUUAUAGAGUGAGAGAGGGGAAAGAUAGCUGUAUGUUUGCAGGUCUCGUAGCAGAGUUUGGCAGAGGGGUCUUUUAACUUUAUCUUCGAAAUAAUUUUCACUCUCUCUCUCUAGUUCUCGCAGUGCUACGUUUAUGCAACUCUCACUCUCUCUCUCUCUAGAGAGAACUAAAUGCCCACUGUAUACAGCGAGCUCUCUGCCAGAACGAUGUGAUUGAACACGCAAGCUCUUCGUGACAUCGUCCUCUCCCUCAAAAACUAUCAUCACACAAUAGUGAAGAAAUUAUUCUGUCUAUACCUCUCUGUCUCUCUCCUCUGAGGAGCAUUUGUAACCCUCGGUGCCGUCGUUUCAAAGUCGGUGACCUCAAAAGCGUUUCGUCUUCUUAUUCUCUGUAGUACGGCCAUAGCGUUCUCGAAAUCAAUUACAUAGCUUGCUUUUCAAUGGUGGUUGAAAUCGAACGUGUUGUGCCCUAGGAAGGACUUUUCUUGCCAAGUUAGUUAUGGCAUUUUCUUCGGCGUUCGAUCCGACUAGUCAUUCUCUGAAAGUGCUGGUUCUGCUUUUUCUCGCCUGUUUGAGCUUCGGUUCUGUGGAUUCCGACGACGGGGCAACGCUACUGGAGAUUAAAAAGUCAUUUAGAGAUGUGGAUAACGUGCUGUAUGACUGGACGGACUCACCAUCUUCGGACUACUGUGUGUGGAGAGGGGUAACGUGUGACAAUGCCACCUUCAAUAUCGUUGCACUUAAUCUCUCUGGUUUGAAUCUUGAUGGGGAACUCUCACCUGCAAUAGGAGAGCUUAAAGGCCUUCUCUCCAUUGAUUUGCGGGGGAAUCGCCUCUCCGGGCAGAUCCCUGAUGAAAUUGGUGACUGCUUGUCUUUGAAAAGCUUGGACUUAUCCUUCAACGAGUUGUAUGGAGACAUACCAUUUUCAAUUUCAAAGUUAAAACAACUAGAGUACCUAAUUUUGAAAAAUAAUCAGUUGAUUGGGCCUAUACCUUCAACCCUUUCUCAGAUUCCGAACUUAAAGAUUUUAGACUUGGCACAGAAUAAACUGAGUGGUGAAAUACCAAGGCUCAUAUAUUGGAAUGAGGUCCUGCAAUAUCUAGGAUUAAGAGGGAACAACUUGGUUGGCACACUCUCUCCUGAUAUAUGUCAGCUGACAGGGUUGUGGUAUUUUGAUGUAAGAAACAAUAGUCUGACUGGUGACAUUCCUCAAAAUAUAGGCAACUGCACUGCCUUCCAGGUCUUGGACUUGUCUUACAACAAGCUGACUGGAGAGAUUCCAUUCAAUAUUGGAUUCCUGCAAGUAGCUACAUUAUCAUUACAAGGUAACCGGCUUUCAGGGCAAAUCCCAUCUGUAAUUGGCCUGAUGCAGGCACUCGCCGUAUUAGAUUUAAGCUGCAAUAUGUUGAGUGGAGCCAUCCCUCCUAUUCUUGGAAAUUUGACUUACACAGAGAAAUUGUAUCUGCACAGUAACAAACUUACUGGAUCGAUACCCCCAGAGCUUGGAAAUAUGACAAAGCUCCACUAUCUGGAAUUGAAUGAUAACCAGCUCACUGGGUAUAUUCCACCAGAACUUGGGAAGCUCACUGACUUGUUUGACCUAAAUGUAGCUAACAACAAGCUUGUUGGGCCCAUACCUGAUAAUCUCAGCUCUUGUACAAAUCUUAACAGUCUAAAUGUGCAUGGGAACGAGUUGAAUGGGACUAUACCUCCUGUAUUUGAAAGGCUGGAGAGUAUGACAUAUUUGAAUCUCUCCAACAACAAUCUCAAGGGUCCCAUCCCUAUUGAAUUAUCCCGCAUUGGUAAUUUGGAUACUCUGGACAUCUCAAACAACAAAAUUAAUGGUUCUAUUCCUUCUUCCCUUGGUGAUUUGGAGCAUCUUCUGAAACUGAACUUAAGCAGGAAUAAUUUGGCUGGCUAUAUACCGGCUGAGUUUGGUAAUCUAAGAAGCGUUAUGGAGAUAGACAUUUCAAAUAAUCACCUUUAUGGUCCCAUUCCUCAAGAACUCGGUCAGCUUCAAAAUGUCUUCUUGCUGAGAUUAGAAAACAACAAUUUGUCUGGAGAUGUAACAUCACUCAGCAGUUGUCUUAGUCUUACUGUCCUAAAUGUAUCUUAUAAUAACCUAGUUGGGAAUAUUCCUACAGGCAACAACUUCUCGAGGUUUCUGCCAGAUAGCUUCAUAGGCAAUCCUGGUCUCUGUGGCUAUUGGCUCACUUCUCCGUGUCACAUCUCCCGACCAGCAGAGAGAGUGAUGAUUUCUAAGACAGCUAUACUGGGGAUUGCUCUGGGUGCCCUGGUGAUUCUUCUGAUGAUCUUGGUGGCUGCAUGCCGGCCGCACAAUCCGACUCCAUUUUUUGAAGGAUCCCUUGACAAACCAGUCAAUUACUCAUCUCCGAAGCUUGUGAUUCUUCAUAUGAACAUGGCACUUCAUGUGUAUGAAGACAUUAUGAGGAUGACUGAGAACUUAAGUGAAAAGUAUAUAAUUGGUUAUGGUGCAUCUAGCACUGUAUACAAAUGUGUUCUUAAAAAUUGCAAGCCAGUGGCAAUUAAGAGAUUGUACUCUCACCCACAGUGCCUGAAGGAAUUUGAGACAGAGCUUGAGACAGUAGGGAGCAUCAAGCAUCGCAAUCUUGUCAGCCUCCAAGGAUAUUCACUGUCGUCAUCUGGGAACCUUUUAUUCUACGAUUACAUGGAAAAUGGCAGCCUCUGGGAUCUCCUUCAUGGCCCUACUAAGAAGAAAAAGCUUGACUGGGACACUCGUCUUCAUAUAGCUCUUGGAGCGGCCGAAGGACUCACAUAUCUUCACCAUGAUUGUAGCCCUCGUAUAAUCCAUAGAGACGUGAAGUCAUCAAACAUUCUAUUGGACAAGGAUUUUGAGGCCCAUCUCACUGACUUUGGCAUUGCCAAAAGUUUAUGCACCUCCAAGACUCAUACAUCUACUUACAUAAUGGGUACCAUUGGUUAUAUAGAUCCUGAGUAUGCCCGUACUUCCCGUCUCACUGAGAAGUCCGAUGUCUAUAGCUAUGGAAUUGUGUUACUUGAGUUGCUGACUGGAAGGAAAGCAGUGGACAAUGAAUCCAAUCUCCACCAUCUGAUCUUAUCCAAGACAGCCAACAAUGCAGUGAUGGAAACAGUUGAUCCUGAAAUAUCUGUGACAUGUAAGGAUCUUGGAGCAGUGAAGAAAGUAUUUCAGCUUGCACUUCUAUGCACCAAGAGGCAGCCAUCAGAUCGGCCAACCAUGCACGAAGUGGCACGUGUCCUUGGAAGCCUCAUUCCAGCUGACACACCGAAACAAACAACCCCAGCCCCACCGGGACCACUCCCAUCUGCUAAGGUGCCCUGCUACAUGGAUGAAUAUGCGAAUCUCAGGACUCCACACUUGGUGAACUGCCCAUCCAUGAGUACAUCAGAUGCCCAACUCUUUCUAAAAUUUGGAGAGAUAAUAUCACAGAACAGUGGGUAAAGAAGGCACAGGGCUGAAGAAUCAAAAUAUGAAAAACACAUCUUGAAAUGGUAGGGUGCAGGGAGGAUAAAAAUUUGGGAAAUUUGUAUAAAAAUCUGGUACCAAUUAUUAUUGUAGGUAGGAAGAUGCAAAAGAUGGACAGGGACUUUACUAAUAGAUGUAAAGUGUGGUAUCCCAAUUCAUGUUACUCUUUCUGUUCUGUAAUUAUUGUUCUCGUGUUCUGGCAUUUAGGUUUGGGACCACUGGUUCUGGCCCGGACCAACAUAUGAGGCCCCGGCUCACACUUGAGGAGGAGGGUGGGUGCACCAAUGCAUUAUCUGUGUCCAGUAAUAAUUGCAUUGUGGAGCCUAGUUGGGCCGUAUCGAUAGUUUUGUUUGGAUGUUGAUAUGUUGUGAUUUUUAUUUGCUCUUCAUUCGUACAAUGGUACAAAGGCACGAGAGAUUUAUUGUU